CCGCUCCGCUUCCUCCGCGCCGCGGCGGCCAUUGGCUGCCCGCGCCCUGCGCCGCGCCGCGUCCUGACGCUGGGCUGGGCCGGCCCCGGCCAUGGUCGCUCCGCGCCGGCUCCGCCGCAGCGCCGGGAGGCGGCUGGGCUCCGCGCCCCGCUAGAGGUGGGUCCCGUCCUUCUCUCGCGCUCCUGGCUCUUUUAACGUUUGAUUGAGGAGCAGUGGCCGCAGCUCAUCCUCUGGCAGGAGCAGAAGAUGCAGGAGUCUGCGUAGCAGGUUCCUGAGCAGCCGCUGACGGCGCAGCCCCACGGGACCCGGCCACGCGGGAGGAUACCAUGAACUGAGCAAGGAGCGACGCGAACCUUUUUUUUUUUUUUUUUUUUUGUUUGUUUUGGCUUUUUUUGGUUUAGUUUUCAUCCGAAAAAACACACAAAAAAAGCCCCCCCACGCUCUUUCAUGAAAACAUUUUAAAACGGGGUUACUUUUCCCCUCCCCUGAACCGAAGUCGUCCCGGGUGCGGUGAGGAUUUCCAGAGAAGAUGGGGAGAAAAAAGAUCCAGAUCCAGCGGAUCACGGACGAGCGCAAUCGGCAGGUGACCUUCACCAAGCGCAAGUUCGGCUUGAUGAAGAAAGCCUACGAGCUGAGCGUCCUGUGCGACUGCGAGAUCGCCCUCAUCAUCUUCAACCACUCCAACAAGCUGUUCCAGUAUGCCAGCACCGACAUGGACAAGGUGCUGCUCAAGUACACCGAGUACAACGAGCCCCACGAGAGCCGGACCAACGCGGACAUCAUCGAGACGUUAAGAAAGAAAGGUUUUAACGGCUGUGACAGCCCGGAGCCCGACGGCGAUGACUCGAUAGACCAGAGCCCCUUGAUGGAGGAUAAAUACCGUAAAGGCAGCGAGGAUCUGGAUAUCCUGUUCAAGCGAUACGGUUCCGCAGUGCCCGCUCCGAACUUCGCCAUGCCCGUGACGGUGCCGGUGACCAACCAGAACACGCUGCAGUUCAGCAACCCGGGCAGCUCGCUGGUGACCCAGUCCCUGGUGACCUCCUCGCUGACAGACCCCCGGCUCCUCUCGCCGCAGCAACCGGCGCUGCAGAGAAACACCGUGUCCCCGGGGCUGCCGCAGAGGCCGGCCAGCGCAGGGGCGAUGCUCGGGGGAGACCUGAACAACACGAACGGAGCCUGCCCGAGCCCCGUGGGAAAUGGCUACGUGAGUGCCAGAGCCUCUCCAGGUCUCCUUCCCGUCUCCAACGGCAGCAGCUUGGGCAAGAUCAUCCCGGCCAAGUCCCCGCCACCACCCUCCCACAGCACGCAGCUCGCCGCCAACAGCCGCAAGCCGGAUCUACGCGUGAUCACCUCGCAGAGCGGGAAGGGGUUAAUGCACCAUUUGACGGAGGACCACUUGGCUCUGAAUACGCAGCGGUUAGGUGUCUCCCAAGCAACUCACUCUUUAACCACGCCGGUUGUUUCUGUGGCUACUCCGAGUUUGCUGACGCAGGGGCUGCCUUUCUCCGCCAUGCCCACGGCGUACAACACAGAUUAUCAGCUGACGAGCGCCGAGUUGUCUUCGCUGCCGGCAUUCAGCUCACCUGGUGGGCUGUCCCUUGGCAACAUCUCUGCCUGGCAGCAGCAGCAGCAGCAGCAACAGCAGCAGCAGCAACAGCAGCAGCAGCAGCAACAGCAGCAGCAGCAGCAGCAACAACAGCAGCCGCAGCAACAGCAGCAGCCGCAGCAACAGCAGCAGCCGCAGCAGCAGCAGCAGCACCUGGUUCCUGUAUCGCUAGGAAAUUUAAUACAAGGGAGUCACUUGUCCCACACCACCACUUUGACUGUCAACACCAACCCCAACAUCAGCAUCAAGUCGGAGCCCGUCUCGCCCAACCGGGAAAGAAACACUGCCACCCCGCUCAGCACCUUCCCCCACCAGCCCCGGCACGAGCCCACCGGCCGCUCGCCCGUCGACAGCCUCAGCAGCAACACCAGCUCCUACGAAGGCAGCAGCGAGCGGGACGAUCCCGCCCGCCCCGAUUUCGGCUCAUCCCUGGGCCUCCUGCGACCCACCAGCGAGCCCGAGGGGGAGAGCCCCUCCGUAAAGCGCAUGCGGUUGGAUACCUGGGUCACAUAACGGGGUCCCCGCCGUCCCUGGGAGCGCCGCCGGCUCGCAGCGGGGCCGCGGGGAGGGGGCGGGGAG